AUGAAGGCACAUCUGUUUGUCCUAGCCAUUGGCUUGUGGGCUGUUUCCCAACCGUUGGUCGGUUCAAUAGGGCCAAUGGACGGAGUUAAGACUGACGCCAUCACUCGAAUAGUUGUACCUGCCCAUGCAGAAGGGUUGUUGGGAGUUAACGUCUCUCCUAUGAAGCAGUCAAGCAAAUAUGUCAACUUUCACGGAGAUCAGGCAUUCAGAUUCGAAGAACUCUUGUCGGAUGCAGAGAUAGUGCACAGCAAAUUGGUGCCGAUUAUGCGGGAGUUAUACUUUCGCAUAUUUAGGGUAAACCUUGACUCACCAUGCACUCUGCGCGAACGGAACGACACCUGUUCUUAUGGCAACGACGGCGAACAUGUAUUUGAAGGGGGAGCAACUGAUUCAUCCGGAAACUCGGAAUGUAUCCCCAAAUGUUACGUCGGUCGCUGCCAACCACACGAGGUGACUUCAGAGCCCAUGCUUGACGGUCUCGAGCACUUUGUGCUUAGGUACUCCAACGACGAAAAAUUGGUUGAUAUGGAUCCCAAGGACCUCUAUUCUAACAACCCGUGGUACAAGGACAUCUUGGGUAUGUACUCGAAGAACGCAGGGAAAGCUGUAUACGUGGACCUGAUGCACAACCCACCCUCGCACACGGGUUACCGUGGUGGCGAAGACUGGAAUGUAAUCUACGAUCUGGAAUGCGAUUGCGGUGACGAGGUGCCAUGUGAACAAACGGAGCACUUGUUCCGACUGAUAUCUGGAAUGCAGUCGUCCGUUGCCGCAUGGGCGGCGUGGAAUUACAAAUGCGUCAAUCCUGUAGCGGCUUACCAAACAAAGACUGAACUUCCGCGAUACACAAGCAAUCCGGACCUAUACUUUAAAAUGCUGGGCAAUCACCCUGAGAGGCUGGAGAACCUGUAUUACGCUUUCCAGACCAUGCUUAAGACCGUCUGCCGGCUCUCGCCCUUCCUCAAGGGCUUCGCAAAGAACCUAGGACAACAGGAGGGACGUGAGCAUUUACAAAGGAGUCUUUUCGACCUAUUAAGCGUGGAAUACGACCUUUGCCGUGACGUCGAACCUGCUUAUGAUGUUCGAUCCAGUGAAGUGUGCGAGCCAGCACAGGGAUGUGUGCCGUCGGCUCAAUUAAAGCAUCCCGCACUGCUGAAUAAAUUUCAUGACCUUUCUGACAUAGUUGAUUGCGUCGGGUGCGAAAAGUGCCGUUUGCAUGGGAAGUUGAAGCUAACGGCUCUGCAAAUUGCAGUGCGUGCCUCAGGCCAAGCCGAACGCAUCGUCCUAGAGCGCAACGAAAUUGUUGCACUGCUUCACGCUCUCGACUACUUUGCGGAAUCUAUCAUUUUUGUGCACAAGUUUGACGAGUUGAAGAAAAGACAACUUGUUCUAUACCCACUGCGCGUUAUUGUCACAUUGCUGGUAAUGCUGGUUGUCACCUAUCGUCGCGAACUGCGACAGGCAUUGUGUCAAUGCCACGCUGCUCGCAAAGAUCCUGAAGCAGCUGAUAAUGCAGAAUGA